AUGGCCUCUGCAGCAGUCCAAGUCCCCACCGGAGAUCCCUCCACCGUCCCUUCCAAACCCACUUCAACCCCCUCCUCUGGCCCUCACCACGCCCACACCACCCUCAACUUCCUCAAAGAGCUCCCCGACGGCUCCCACCUCGCCCCAACCUACGUAGGCGUUCCAAGCAGCUACGAGCGACCCACCACAUCCAUCCCAGUGACGAUCCACGACGUGAGCGGCCACGAGCUCGACUACACGCUGGACGGCAACGGCUUCCAGUUCUACUACCACACCAGCGCCGAGAAGGACUUUCUCGACGACGAGAAGAUCAAGCGAGAAUACUACCCUGAGACGGAGCAACUCCUAAAAGACGCGACAAACUGCUCCCGUGUCUUCAUCUUCGACCACACUAUCCGCCGACCCCAACCAGAGGGUACUCCCGCCUCCCAGCUCCGCGGCCCUGUUAACCGCGUCCACAUCGACCAAUCCUACCCUGCUUCCAAAGCCCGCGUGGAAUGGCACCUGCCUGAGGACGCUCCCCGGCUCCUUCGCGGCCGGUACCAGAUUAUUAAUGUGUGGCGGCCUAUCAAGACCGUCAAGCGCGACCCCCUGGCUGUAGCGGAUGCGCACUCCGUCCCGGAUAGCGAUCUCGUGCCGACGAAGUUAAUCUACCCCAACCGCGAGGGCGAGACAUGUGCCGUGAAGCCCAACCCGGAGUUCAAGUGGUAUUAUCGGUAUAGACAGGGUCCGGAGCUGGUUACGCUGAUCAAGUGUUUUGAUUCGAAGACGGAUGGACGGGCGAGACGCGUGCCGCACAACAGCGGUGGGAUGUCAUGUUGGGAUAGUAUAUUUAGGGCUGCUGUUGAUGUUGUUAUCGAUAAGGAUUAG